AUGCUUGAACUUAAUGUAAAGCAAAGUGGAAUAAGUAAACGCGUCCUGAAUGUACUCUACAGGAAGACAAAAAGUGGUAAAAUUGUGAAACGAGUACAUGAACAAUAUCUAAGAAAUGAUAUCGGUUGUGGAUUGGAUUCAUGUAAAAAUUGUCAACCGGUUGAGGGUCACUCACUUACCAAUUUGGUUGUUCAAAUUUCAUCUACAGUACCUACCAAUCAUGCUAUCAUUCUUGAUUCUUCGGCAUUAAUCCGUUUUCAUCAUUUGUUCGAUAAUUUGAAAUUCACGAACAUCAUCAUUACACAGACUGUUUGGGGAGAUGUGAAAAGAUCAAGUCCACCAUCUUACAAAUCAAUGUAUACAUUGUGCUAUGACAGUCCGGACAGGAAAAUUUACGUUUUCAUGGAUGAUUUUCAUUAUGAAACUCAUCUUGAUCGUAUUGCAGGUGAAAGCGAAGAAGAGAGGUUAACUAGAUCGCUUAUAACAUGUGCCAAAUUCUAUGAAAAUCACUGGAAACAAUUGUCUAUAAUUCCUAUUAUUGUAUGUGGUACCAAUGUAACCAAAGAACAGUUGAAGAAACAAUUUGAAAAUGUUUUCACUUUACAGGAAUACAUUGAAGGCAUGGAAGAUAAUACUGAUUUGCUCGAUAAACUGGCCGUCUACAAUGCAGAGUGCGAUGCUCGAGGACGUAUUUUGUUCCCAGAGUACUUGGCUCACGAUAUGAUACAAAAUGGAAUUCGAAGUGGAAAAUUUAAAAAAGCAACAUUUCAGGUCUCUCGUGAAAAUUACACAGAAGCAUAUGUUCAUGUUGACGAAGGAACUACGUGGUUUAUUCAGGGUCGUAUCAAUAUGAAUCGUGCUGUUAAUGGUGAUACAGUUGCUGUGGAACUAUUGCCAGAAUCUGAGUGGACUUGCCCGCAAAAAGUUAUUCGAUUACGAGAUGUGGAAGAAAUUGAAAUGAAAGAUGCAGUUGAUAAAGAGGAAGACAAAGAUGAGGAUGAAAUCCAGCGGAAAAAGCCACGAAUGGAGGAUAAAAUUCCUUCUGCUAGAGUAGUUGGAGUUAUUAAGCGAAAUUGGCGUCAAUAUUGUGGAAUGAUUUUGCAGCCCGCUGUGAAAGAUUCAACACGUGUACUAUUCGCUGCAGCGGAACGACUUAUACCUCGUAUACGAAUUGAAACACGCCAAGCUGAGCAUUUGAAAGGAAAACGGAUUAUUGUUGCGAUUGAUAGCUGGCCUAGAGAUUCACGCUAUCCAAUUGGACAUUAUGUGAGAAGUAUUGGCAUAGCAGGUGAUCGUGAAACGGAAAAUGAAGUAUUAUUACUGGAGCAUGAUGUACCACAUGGACCAUUUUCGGAUGCAGUUUACGCAUGCUUACCUGAAGUUCCUUGGCAUGUACCUAAUGAAAGUCAUCGAAAAGACCUUCGUUCAUUGACAAUUUGUUCAGUUGAUCCGCCCGGUUGUACCGAUAUUGAUGAUGCUUUUCAUUGCAUUCAAACUGCAUCAGAUCGCUAUGAGGUUGGUGUUCAUAUUGCGGAUGUUUCACAUUUUGUUAGGCCAGAUACAGCAAUGGACGCUGAAGCAGCUCAUCGAGGAACAACUGUUUAUCUUUGUGAUAAACGUAUCGAUAUGUUGCCAGAACUACUUUCAAGUGAUUUAUGUUCACUUCGUGAAAAUGUCGAUCGUUUGGCUUUUUCAGUAAUUUGGACAUUGACAUCCGAUGCUGAUAUCAUUGAUAUUAAAUUUCAUAAAUCUCUUAUACGUUCCAGUGGUGCACUUACAUAUGAGCAAGCUCAGAAUAGGAUCGAUGAUCCUUCUAUGUCAGAUUCUAUAACUAUGGGAUUGCGAACAUUAUUGAAGCUAUCAAAGAAGCUAAAAGCAAAAAGGCAUGCUAAUGGUGCUUUAACCUUAGCAUCUUCUGAAAUUCGAUUUAGCAUAGAUUCCGAAACUAAAGAUCCGAUCAGUAUACAAGAGAAGAAGAUGCUAGCCACGAAUAGUAUGGUUGAAGAAUUUAUGCUGCUUGCAAAUAUCUCAGUUGCAGAACGCAUAACAGCAGAUUUUCCUGAUUGUGCUUUACUUCGACGACAUCCAGUUCCACCGGAAGAAAAUUACAAGCCAGUGGUUGACAUGGCAAAGGCGAAAGGCUUUAAAAUGAAUGUUGAAAGUGGAAAAGCUCUUUCGGAAAGCUUAGAUGAAGCUGUGGAUCCGAAUAACGCAAUGCUUAACACACUCUUUCGAAUGUUAACAACACGUUGUAUGACACAAGCUGUAUAUUUCUCAUCAGGAUCAUUGCCAACCGAGCAAUAUGUUCAUUUUGGGCUUGCCGCUCCAAUCUACACUCAUUUUACAUCACCAAUACGAAGAUAUGCAGAUAUAAUGGUUCAUCGAUUGCUUUCUGCUUCAAUUUGUGCUGAUUCCACUUUUCCCGAAAUGUUAAAAGGUGAUUUGGUCAGCAAAAUUGCAAGCAAUCUGAAUUACAGACAUAAACAAGCGCAGUAUGCGGGUAGGGCAUCGGUUUCGCUCAAUACAUUGCUUUACUUCAAAGGUCGUACCGAAUUACAUGAUGGUUUUGUGAUGGGUAUCCGCAAAAAUGGCAUUCAGGUAUUUGUACCAGCAUAUGGUUUUGAAUCGAUCGUUGUUUUUCCGUGUGGAUCGAAUUAUCAAGUAACAGAUGAUUUGUUAAUGGCGGAAGGUGUAGAAGUGAGGAAUUUCCAACGUAUUACGGUGAAACUUUCGCUAGAUGAGACUGAUGUCCAACACAUUCGCUUAGAUAUGAAAUUGGUUUCACCAAAAAUUCCUGGAUUCAGCGUUGAUUACAUCCUUUCGGCUCCAGAAGAAUGA